AAGGAGUUAAACAUUCUUUGGGGGGAACCGAGUGAGGCCGGCGCAUUCAUUGUUUGUCGGCUGAAUAUCAUUGUAUUGAACCAGAUUUGCGUUGCAACCAGAAGUGUAAACGCUUAAAAACUUCUGGAAUUUACUUAGUAAACAGUUUUAUUAAUUAGUAUCCGCCUGGACUUAGUAUUUGUAACGUAUUGUUAUGAAUCAGACUGCGUUGUACAUAAGCCUUUUAUGGAAUAGAUGACACCGGUGUCAACCAAUCAAAACGAGACGUCGACCGGUCUUAGGGCAAUACAAAUAUAAAACAAGUCACGUGACCAAAUAACACUCCCUUCACUGUGACAAAAUGGCGAACCGCAACACAGUACAUUUGACUCAGGAACAAAUUAAUGAUUUACGGGAAACGUUUAAUUCGUUAGAUGACGAUGGCAAUGGUAAAAUCUCCCUCACUGAGCUGGGCAAUGCCCUGGAAACUGUGGGCAUUAAGUUGGCUGGAUACGAGCUUCGCCAGGUCAUGGCCAAGUUCGACACCAGCGGAGACGGCUGCAUUGAUAUGAAUGAAUUUAAACAGCUGUACACAUCAGAGAAGUCCAAGCGAGAUAUAGGUGUGACCUUCAGUAAGGCAGUCAAGGCCAGGGAAGGUGUCAACACACUCGGAGGCACCAGCCAGGCCUCAGUUGAGGGCACAACACACACAGUCCGUGAGGCAGAGACAGUUGCCUUCUCCCAGUGGAUCAACAGUAACCUGAAAGACGACCCAGAUUGUCAGCCCCUGCUUCCAGUCAACAGUGAAAACAAUGAAUUGUUUGAGAAAACUAAGAAUGGUAUUAUUUUAUGUAAGUUGAUCAACAAAUCAGCGCCAGCCACCAUCGAUGAGAGGACCAUCAACAAAACUAACCUGUCAGUCUACAGGCGUCAUGAGAACCUGACACUGGCCAUCAACUCUGCACAGUCCAUCGGCUGCUCGACAGUCAACAUAGGCCCGGAUGACCUUGAUUUGGGCAAACCACAUCUGGUGCUUGGUCUGCUGUGGCAGAUCAUUAGGAUUGGUCUCUUGAGUGACAUCAACUUGGCCCACCAUCCUGGUUUAAUACAUCUCCUGGAGGAGGGUGAGACUUUGGAAGACUUGCAGAAACUUACUCCAGAACAAAUUCUUCUCCGGUGGGUCAACUAUCACUUGAAGAGAGCCGGCACCAACACAAGAAUCAAGAACUUCUCUGAAGAUAUUAAGGACUCCGAAGCCUACACGUAUUUAUUACACCAGAUUGCACCAAGAGAAAAUGGAGUUGACUUGUCUCCCCUAGGGAUAAGUGACAGGCACCAGAGGGCAGAGGCCAUGCUCAGGGAGGCCAACAAGAUUGGCUGCCGCUCCUUUGUGGGCCCCAGCGAUGUGGUGGAGGGAAAUGCCAAACUGAACUUGGCCUUUGUGGCCAACUUGUUCAACAACUACCCCGCCCUGGAAGGCGUGGACGAGAAUGUCGAGCUCAAUAUUCACGAGGAAACAAGAGAAGAAAAAACAUACAGGAACUGGAUGAACAGCAUGGGUGUGUCCCCCUAUGUCCACUACAUCUACAACGACCUGAUUGAUGGUCUCAUCAUCUUCCAGUUGUAUGACAUCUGCAAACCUGGAGUCGUGGACUGGAACAAGGUUCACAAGAAGUUCAACAAGCUGAAAGCAAACUUUGAAAAAAUAGAAAACUGUAAUUAUGCCUGUGAACUUGGUCACAAGCUGGACUUCUCAUUGGUCGGCGUUGGGGGCAAGGACAUUCAUGACGGCAACCAGACUUUAACAUUAGCUCUUGUGUGGCAGUUAAUGAGAGCCUACACUAUCUCUGUACUGAGUGGACUGUCUGCAGGCACUAACAACAAGAAUGCUGAGAAACUCAUUUUGGAAUGGGCAAACAAUAGAUUGGACAAGACAGCCAAGUUCACUAGCUUUGGUGAUCCAAAUUUAGCUGACAGUAUCAUUCUGAUUAAACUGAUCGAAAAAAUCAAGCCAUCUGUUGUCGACUGGAAAGUUGUUUUACAAGAUGCACCCACCUAUGAGGAUAAACUGGCUAAUGCCAGGUAUGCCAUCGGCAUUGCCAGAAAGGCUGGAGCCAAAGUGUACGCCCUCCCCGAGGAUAUUGUCGAAGUCAAGCAGAAGAUGGUGAUGACAAUCUUUGCCUGCCUCAUGGCCCGGGAUCUCAGUCAGAACGGCCAGGCUGUGACAGACUCCAUGCAGGCCAAGUAGAACGCUGUAGUCAAUAGAGUUGAGUGUAGCUAUGGAAGUGGAUGGUAGAAACACAAGUACAAAGAGUGGCUCGAUGUGAAUCUUGCAAAUGACAUUUAGUCUGAGUACUAACUAUUUAUACAUACAUUUAUACAUAUAUAAAUAUAAGCCAAUCCUCGGAGUGAACAAAGUUCGAAUGGUCCUCACAACUAUUUUUAGGUUUUUGAAAUUAUUUGUAGAACGUUUACAGUUGAUGUUCAUCUGGGGUGUAAGUCUGCUGGGUUUUUAUUGGGUUUUUUUUUUUUUGCCAAAUGCUGUUGUUGUUUUUUUUUAUCUUAUAUACACAUAGCCCAAUUUCCUUAGCAUGUAUAUUUUUUAGUGACCAAAACUUGGAGCAAACAUAUUUUACAUAAAGGGAACAAAUUUGUAAAAUAAACAAUUUUUUAUGUGUAUUUUGUUUCAAAUUUUGAUGUAAGCACACCUAAGCCUGUUUUUUGUUUUUUUAUGGCAUUUUAUUCCAGAAAAUGUUUUUGUAGGAAUCUUUGUACACUCUGACACCAAUUUAUGAAGUCACUUUCAAACAUUCCUGUCAAUUUGUUUUGUUUCCUUGAGGUACAUGAUCCAUGUUUUAAGGUUUGCUGAUACAGACUUCCCAUUAGACACCAUACAUUUUAUUUUUAAAUUGUAGGAAUUUCAUUUUUUUUUUUUUGGACUGGUUUCAUUCAAGUAGACAACAAUUGUUUUGUCGAUAUCUUAACUAGACAAUUUUAUUGGCGUAUGACAUUGGUUGAAUGUAAUGUGCACAAUUUUUGUGACAACAGCUUUAUCUGUUACAAUUCUGUUAUUUUUUUUUUUUCCCUUAUGUAAACUGUGGUAUCAUCAAGGCCAUAAUAAAAAAAAAGGUCGAAAGGUUAUGCCAUAUAUUUUUGUUACAAAACUUUUUAAAAAAUUUGGUCGUGGUUCUGAGUCACGAGUGUCGCUUGCUGCUUUACAACUGAAUAAGGGACCAGACUGUACAAACAAUUAUUAUAUAUAAUUACUUUUUUUAAAAAUAAAAGUACAUAUCCUAAAUAAAAAUACUGGACUGUUAAAUACAUCUAAUUAAGCUUAUGUUUUCUCUUUGACAAUAUUUUUUUAUUUGAAAUGUAAAAUGUUGAUAUCUUACACACACACAAAGCCCCCCAACCCCCACCCUUCACGGGGGGCCACAAGUCCCUCCCUGUUCUUGCAUCCUCCGCCAAACAAACAGCCCCGCUGGUUCAGAUUAAUGAUUAGCAUAUUCUAUGAGCCUUUAAUUUUUUUUAUAUUUUAAAAAAUCAACAGCACGCCUUACUUAUAGUCUUGCGUACGUUAGCAAUUAUUUUGUACCGUUUCCCAUCAUUGUUGGCAAAUCUAAAUGUUUUAUCGGUGGCCUUCAGUUCACGCUGCACUGACAUAUAUACAUGUUAGACUGUUCCAUCUUCCAGUCGCAGCUUAUCAUCCUCAUCAUUUUAUUUAUUCUCAUGUCAGAAAAACGUAGUUUCCGUUGUAGAUGGCCGAGGCUAUGUAGAGUGUAACUAAUACAAGAGCUUUAAAACUGAAAAAAAAAAAUCAUAUUUGCCUAAUAAUAAAGCUCAGUUCAUGCAACUUAUUGUUUUAUUGAUUUAGUCUUUUUUUUUUUUUUUAGGAGAGGAUAGAUUAAUAUCCACUGUUUGGAACUUUAAAAGAUUUAGUAUUUUUUUUUCCAAAAAGGAUGAACUACAAUUUGAUAGUGGCAGAAGUUGGUGUUAGGGAGAGGGCUCAACAUGUUGUUGAGUUAAAAGGCUUGUGUUUUUAAUGUUUUUUUUUAAUGCUAUGACUUUGUUGUGUAGGCUCUAUGUUAUUGUAUUUUGGAAUAAACUUAAUAAAACUACUCUUUAUAUAAAGA